UUCUUCGACUUUCUCUUGCUGUGUGUGAAGCUGCAGAAAAUCGGAACCUGAAAAAGGAAGCGAAAAAGCCCUAAUCUUUCUCCAAACUUGUAAAACCCCUCCGAUGCCUCCAAGGAAGAAGAAACCAAAUUCUUCUUCUUCUUCGUCUUCAUCAAGGAAGUCAUCGAUCGCAAAUCACCAGGCCCAGCCUUCGAAGUUCGGCAUCCAACAUUUCUUCGAGCGCCAUUCUCAGAACGCUUCUCAGAACCUCAAGAACGCCGCAAACCCGACCGUUUCCCCUCCAAACGGCGCCGUUUCCGCCCCUCAGCCGAUCCCCGAACCUAUAAAUGUCGUCGACGACGAUGAAGAUGAUCCGGCUUCUGAAAAUACUAAGAAUCGCUCGAAUUUGAAGGGAAAUGGCCGCGAUAAUGCACCCCAGAGUACGCCUCCCGAGAGCAAGGCGAGAAUUGGUGCUGAUGCCGAGGCGUCGCCGGAGAUCUUCAAGUCUUUGUCUCUGAAACGACUCAAGUUCUCGCCUGGAAUGUUGAUAAAGCAGAGUCAGGAUGAUGGGGGUGAUGAGAUCACAUGGAAAAUAUCUCCGGUUAACGAAAGGCUGCAAGCAGUUUCGAAGCGAAUGCCCGAGACGGUGAAGUUUCAGGUGUCUUCUGUUGGGAUUGGAAAAGUUGAGAAGUGGCUUUCUUCUCCAACAGUUAAGGCCUCAGAAAGAUCAUUGGUGUCCACAAAUAGGGUUGGCUUAAAAAGGGUUAAUCCAAAUCAAGAUAAGGAUUUUAAUGGAACUGCAACUAAUGUAACUAACUGUACGGUUGCUACUAGACAGAGUCCAUUUCGGACCCCGCCUUCGCUAUCGUACUGCCAUGAUAAGCUUACCGAUGAUGUUACAAAUAAUAGAUUAUCUUGUAAGCUUGGUCAGAGGCAGCAUAAAAAGGCAUUGCUUGAGCUCUUAGAUCAGGUAGAAGAUGUCAUUUCUGUUGACGAUUCAGGAUCUGACAAAGUGGAGGAAUCUGAAGAUGUCAUGUCUGCUCAAGGUUUAGUGUCUGACAAAGUGGAGGAACCUCCAAGCCAUAUUCAAGAUACCAAUAACGAUGAGUUGACUGCCAAAGCGGGUCUUUCCGCAAAAGGAGUGGGAACCAAUCACCCAGAGGUCACAGGAUUGGUUUCCAAUUGCAGUUUUCUUGUGUUGGAGGUAACCGAGAAGCAUGGACCUGCUGAAUCAUCUGGUGCUCAAUGCCAUUAUAAGGUUCUUCGUUUGGUGGAUGAGCAAAAUGGAGCAGAACGAGCUGUAUAUUUGUCGGAAGACUGGUUUCAUAGUGUCAUUUCUCCGGGAGAUACCAUCAAUGUGAUUGGUGAAUUCGAUGACCAGGGAAUUUGUCAUGUAAACCGUGAACAAAAUUUUGUGAUUGUUCACCCAGAUUUACUUAUGUCAGGAACUCGGGUUGCUGCUAGUUUCAGUUGCCCAAGGCGAACUGUCCUGGAUGAGAGGCUAAGAAGCAGUGAGAAUUCUUCCGCAGCUUUAGUUGGUACAUUGUUGCAUCAAAUUUUUCAGGCUGGACUUACAACGGAGGGGCCUACUAUAACCUUCUUAAAGGAAUAUGCACAAAUGGUGCUUCAGAAAAAUAUUGAGAAUUUAUAUGCAUGUGGAGUAAAUGAAAGUGAUAUGUGGAGAACCUUGAUUGAAGCCAUCCCUAAAUUAUUAAAUUGGAUGAACAUAUUCAAAUAUUCACAGGGCUCUGAAACCCCUGCUGUUGAUUUUGGAUCUGAUGUUGGACCGAGAAAAGUCAACAUACCGGAGGUAUUAGAUAUUGAGGAAAUGGCUUGGGCUCCAAAAUACGGUUUGAAAGGCAUGAUUGAUGCUUCUGUUAGAGUUGAAGUACGAUCGAACAAAUAUGACACUAGUGAGAAGGUCAUGCCUUUAGAGUUUAAAAGUGGGAAGCUACCUAAUGGCCAGUCAUCUUUGGAACACAGUGCCCAAGUAAUCUUAUAUACACUUUUGAUGUCUGAGAGGUACCAAAAGCAUAUUGAUUCUGGUCUUCUAUACUAUCUCCAAUCAGAACAAACGCAGGGAAUUGCGGUUCGAAGAUCUGACCUAACUGGACUAAUCAUGCGUCGAAAUGAACUUGCUACUGAUAUUCUCAAGGCAUUGACAACACAAGUACUUCCACCAAUGUUACAGAGUCCAGGCAUGUGCAGAGGUUGUCGCCAUCUUAACGUUUGUACCAUCUAUCACAAGGUACACGGUGGAAGUGCUGAAAGCAGUGGAUUGGGAGACUUAUUUGAUUCAAAUACUCAUCACCUAACGAAUGCUCAUGGUGUUUUCCAUAGGCACUGGGAUUGGCUGAUUGACUUGGAAGCUAAAGAGACACAGCUUUCAAAGAGUGAAAUCUGGCGGUCCCAUAGUUCGAGGAGUGACCAGACUCGUCUUUUCUCUAUUGUUCUUGACGAUGAACUUCCGCAUCGAGAACCUGAGAAAGACAACAGAUUUGUCUACCGCUUUGUGCGUUACAAUCUUCCUUCUGCUGAUAAGAAGUUAUCUGAUGGGAAUUCACUGAAAGCCACCUCUUCCACAAAAAGAGAUUUAUAUUGCACCUUAAAAGGUGGCGACUAUGUGAUACUUAGCGCUGGGUCUGGCCAUCUGCCCAUUGCAAGUGGGAUCAUAACAGAUUCUAACGAUUUCCAUGUUUCUGUCUCUUUUUCCAAGCGCUUAAGGCUUCCUGAGAAUGCUUUUUCAGAGGCAGCUGAUCUCCUUAGGGAGGUCUGGCGAAUUGACAAGGAUGAAUUUAUGACUUCAUUUGCAAUCAUGAGGUUUAAUCUUGUUCAGCUUUUUCUACAAACUGCAAAAAGUACACAUCUAAGGAGGAUGGUUGUGGACCUUGAGGCUCCUAGAUUUGACAGUGGUUGCAUACUAAGCCAGGAUCCAGCAAUAUCUUACGUGUGGUCACAGAAAAACUUAAAUGAUGACCAGCGUCGUGCCAUUCUUAAGAUACUUCAAGCAAGGGAUUAUGCUCUCAUACUAGGGAUGCCUGGAACAGGCAAAACGUCUACGAUGGUCCAUGCUGUUAAUGCAUUAUUAAUUAGAGGUGCAUCCAUUUUGCUUACAUCCUAUACAAACUCCGCAGUUGAUAAUCUACUUAUCAAAUUAAAGACUCAGGGCAUUGAUUUUUUGCGUAUUGGAAGACAUGGAGUGGUGCAUGAAGAAAUUCGCAAACAUUGUAUUUCAGAUAUGAACUUACAAGGUGUUGAAGACAUAAAGACAAAAUUAGAUCAAGUCAAAGUUGUCGCAGUUACGUGUUUGGGUAUAACUGGUCCCUUGCUUGCCAACAAGAGAUUUGAUGUAUGCAUAAUGGAUGAAGCCGGACAGACUACCCUUCCAGUAUCUUUGGGACCUUUAAUGUUUGCUUCAAAGUUUGUCUUGGUUGGCGAUCAUUAUCAGUUACCUCCUCUUGUCCAGAGUGUAGAAGCUCGAGAAAAUGGACUGGGGGUGAGCUUGUUUCGCAGGCUUUCAGAAUCACAUCCUCAGGCAAUUUCAGCAUUGCGGAGCCAGUAUCGUAUGUCUCGAGGCAUUAUGGAUCUAUCAAAUGCAUUGAUAUAUGGUGACAAACUGCGUUGUGGUUCCUCCAAUAUAGCUGAUGCCAAACUUAAGUUCUCAAGUUUAAGGUCUGGUUCAUCAUGGAUUAAUGAGAUUUUGGAUCCAGACAGACCAGUUAUAUUUAUUAAUACAGAUACGUUGCCUGCUUAUGAGGCAAAGGAUCAGAAGACCAUAAAUAAUCCGAUGGAAGCUCAAAUUGUUGUAGAGGUGACGGAGGAGUUAGUCAAGAAUGGUAUUGAAGGCGAAGAUAUAGGCAUCAUUACUCCGUAUAAUUCCCAGGCAAAUAUUAUUCGUAAUGCCAUGAAGCUAACCUCUGUAGAGAUACACACCAUUGACAAAUACCAGGGAAGGGAUAAGGACUGCAUACUGGUGUCUUUUGUAAGGUCUAGUGAAAAUCCAAGAAACUGCACUUCCUCACUUCUUGGAGACUGGCAUAGGAUUAACGUGGCACUUACAAGAGCUAAGAAAAAGUUGAUAAUGGUUGGAUCGUGCAAGACUCUAUCAAAGGUUCCACUGCUUAAGCUUCUCCUUGAGAAAGUUGAAGAGCAAUCAGGCAUCUUGAAUGCGCCCAAGAAGGAUAUCAACUGCACGAGAGAGCUCAAGAGGUGCACACAGUUCAGAUGAUUGUAAAUUUUGGAGAACAUUUUAAAGCUAAGAGGUGUACAUAGAAACUUUAAUGAUUAUUUCUGGAGCAAUUUGUAAGGUUGUGUACAGAUGAACAAACGUUGUAAAAGUUUCAGAGAUCU